UGGUGAGCAUGAAUGUGUCGAGCAUUGCAGAGUUGUUGGAUAGUUUGCUGAUAGUUUGACAGGCAUUUUUGUCAAAGUACAGCGGUAACACAUUUGUUCAGACGUUGUCCAGUCGUUAGAGCUGCUAAGUGUAUUUCACAGGAGGCUGCUACUUGUUUUUUAACGUUUAAACGUGAUGCUAGCAGCUAGCUUCUGAUGCUAAAUAACAGUUGAGACAAGCCAGGGCAGACACACACACACACACACACACACACACACACACACACACACACACUGACACAGGAGUCUGUCAUUUGAUACAGACACUGAAUAUUUAGUUAGAUAUCUGGGGUAAGAUUGCCCUGAUAACAAAGUCUAUGAUGGGCAUGACCUCUCGAAUAGAGUGUAUAUUUUUCAGUGAGUUUCAUCCCACCCUGGGUCCAAAGAUAACAUAUCAGGUCCCGGAGGAAUACAUUUCUCGGGAGCUCUUUGACACAGUUCAAGUUUAUAUCAUCACCAAGCCAGAACUGCAAAACAAACUGAUAACAGUCACUGCCAUGGGCAAAAAGUUGAUUGGCUGUCCUGUGUGCAUUGAGCAUAAAAAGUACAGCAGAAACGCCCUCCUGUUUAACCUUGGCCUUGUUUGUGACGCACAAACCAACACGUGUGCCCUUGAGCCGAUUGUCAAGAAGCUGUCGGGGUACCUCACAACUCUGGAGCUGGAGAGUGGCUUCAUAUCCAAUGAGGAGAGCAAGCAGAAACUCUUACCCAUCAUGUCGACCUUGUUAGAGGAACUUAAUGCCACGGGAGCCUGCUCUUUACCCAUAGACGGAUCCAACACCAUCCACUUAAAGUUGAUCCAUCUGCGAAAGGAUCCUCCUAUCGUUCAAGAGUACGAUGUGCCUGUCUUCACCCAGUGCAAAGACCAUUUCAUCAAAUCUCAGUGGGAUCUCACCACGCAACAGAUCCUGCCCUACAUUGAUGGGUUCAGACACAUCCAGAAAAUCUCAGCUGAAGCGGAUGUUGAGCUGAAUCUUGUUCGCAUUGCGGUACAGAAUCUCCUGUAUUAUGGUGUCGUGACCUUGGUGUCAAUAUUUCAGUACUCCAAUGUGUACUGCACCACCCCCAAAGUCCAGAGCCUCAUAGACGACAAGUCCAUCCAGGAGGAAUGCCUCAACUACGUCACUAAGCAGGGCCAGAAGCGUGCCAGUCUGAGGGAUGUGUUCCAGCUGUACUGUGGUCUGAGUCCAGGGACCACAGUCCGAGACCUUUGUUCUCGCUACUCGCAGCAGCUUCAAAGGGUAGAUGAGAGGAGGCUGAUCCAGUUUGGACUGAUGAAGUCUCUAAUUCGACGGCUGCAGAAAUACCCUGUGAAGGUGAUCCGUGACGAGAGGAGCAGGCUGCCUCGACUCUACACCGGUUGCCAUAGUUAUGAUGAGAUCUGCUGCAAGACAGGGAUCAGUUACCAGGAGCUGGACGAACGUUUGGAAAAUGACCCCAACAUCGUGGUGUGCUGGAAGUGACAUGAACUGACAACAGACUGAAAGAUACAGAGAUGCCUCAACCAAAGAUGCCUUCAGUGACAGGAGGAGUUUUCAUAGUGAAAGUGAAGUAGUGUUUUGUAAUUUUUAUGUUAGUGGGUUUUUUUUAAACAUCUCAUCAAGAAGUAGCACAUUUCUGUUUAGGUCAGUGAGGAAAGAGAUAUUUAUUAAUAUUGUACAAAAGAGUUUGUGAUUAAUAAAAUAGAUUAUACCACAAUGUGACAGUGUGUUGUAAAGUGCAUAAAAUGAUGAGAGGAAAAAACAUCUAGAAUUUAACAUUUGAUGCCACGUUUUAAAAAUGAGACUGAAGCACUGGAACAAGUGGAUAUAGAAGAUCUCAUGUUGUCAGACUGGGCAAAAUUACUCAUCUAACUUUGAAACUACAAUAAGAAACAUUCAUUCAUUCAUUCAUUUUCCAUAACCACUUAGUCUGUUAGGGGUUAUGGGAGAGCUGGAGCCUAUCCCAGCUAACAUGUGGAAAGAGGUGGGGUACACCCUGGACAGGUCACAUAGAGGAAGACAACCAUUCACGCUCAUACUCACACCUACGGGCAAUUUAGAGUCACCAAUCAACCUAACCUGCAUGUCUUUGGACUGUGGGAGGAAACCGGAGUACCCAGAGAAAACCCACCCUGGAUUCGAGCUGGGAACCCUCUUGUUGUGAGGCGACAAAGCCAACCACUGAACCACCGGGCCACCCAACAUUAAUAUCAAUAAUUUUUACUUCACCACUAUACUGUGGAAAAAAGGCACCACUACUUGUGCAUUUCAUGUCUCAAAUUAUAAGGAAAAAAAUGACUGUCAAACAGCUACAGUUCCCAGUUGCUUACAAAAGAUUUUAUAUUAUACAAUCUUUUAAGCUUAUAAAAUAUUAUAUAUUAUUGCAAUUUAGACAACCCAGCAGUAUAUAAAACAGUAAAAAACAUU